AUGCCGGCCACCAUGAUCCGGAGCGAGGCCCUGGGCCAUGUUCUAAACGAGAUGCUAAAGCUCAACGAUGAGCUUCAAACAGUCAUACUACUGAACACACAAGGUAUGGUACUUGAUAGCCGAGAAAUUGAAGAAGAGUACAACCAUGGUUUCGCUUUGCCGGCCAAGGUUCAAACGGAGUUGUACGCGGUUCUAAUUGCCCAAGCUUGGACAGAUGGGCGGAAGUGGACAGGCAUAGAUCUUGAAAAUGUUCGUAUAUGUGUUGUUGGGAGCGGUUCUCUUUUGCUUGCGGUGGUCGCUGAACCAGGGACACCGUGGGGGCAGUUGAAUGAGCUUUUAGAUGCAGCGAGGCCAAUCCUUGGAGAUCUUAGCGGUAAAAUAAAGGAGUGA